UCCCCCGUAAAGUUUUUCUCAACUUCAUUCCCGUUCUCAUGACAUCAGCGCUUCCACCCAAUCACAUCAACGCAUUCGUUUGCCAGUGUUAAACAUGGCUACUUAGCCACUUCCGGAGCUUUAAAACCAAUUAAACACAGAAGCUGUAAAGAGUGCUCUUUGCCACGUUCCAUGGGUACGUGGUGACGUCAGCGAGCGCUACAGGUCUGUGGGCCGUGCGCUGAUUGGUGGAAUGGACGUGCCGGAGGUGUGGCCCUUGGCUUGGCCGCGUCGGGGCGUGGUUAGCUGGCAAAGAGUGGCAGUUGGUGGAAGUAAAGCGAGCGAUGAGCUCCAGCCGGGGCUGAGCCUGUACGGGGUGACGGACGGACCAUACCGGUGUGCAAUCAUGGAGGACGUAAACUCCAACAUGAACGCGGACCUGGAGGUGCGGAAGCUGCAGGAGUUGGUAAAGAAGCUGGAGAAGCAAAACGAGCAGCUCCGCUCCCGCUCCGCACAUGCCCCCAACUCCCCGAGAACAGUGACACUGCCCCCGGCUCCCCGGCCGCAGCCCUCCGCGCACCCUGCACCCGCCUCCGUCCUGCUCCUAGGCACCGGCGGCCGCAGCAUGAGCCCCGGGCCUGCGGGCGGGCGGGGAGACGGAGCCGCCUGGGAAGAGUUCAUGGAAGCGGUAGCCGAGGAGAGGAGGAAGGAGGCGGAGAGCGGGCUCCUGCUGGACCAGGUGGUGCCGCUCCGGCCGGACGAGCUGGAGACCAUGGUGGACUUCGAGGAGGAGGAGAGCUGGUUGUAUACAUCACCAAAGAAAAGGUUAUCCUCCUCGCAGAAAUCAGUCAGCCCCUUGGUCUGGUGUCGGCAAGUUUUUGAUAGUCCCACACCUGAUGUGGAAUGUGCAAAAAAGUCCCUCAUCCACAGGCUCGACCAGACCAUGUCGGCCAGCAAGAGGCAGAGUAUGUACAGCAUUCCCUAUAGCUCUUCCAGCUUUGCCAGCUCUUCCAGCUAUGCCAGCUCCUACAGCCCAAAUCCUAGUGGAAGCCCCUAUAACAGUGGUUUAAGCUCUCCCUCCCCCGUCCAUGCGAGACCUCCGGUGGUGAGGCAGCUGGUUCUGCCAAUCAGCACAGGACACUAUAAGAACUCUACAGAGAGAAUACCUCCUCCUGUCAGCCCACAAUCCUCUGUAGACAGUGAACUUAGUACAUCUGAGAUGGAUGAGGACUCUGUAGGGUCAAAUUACAAGCUAAAUGAUGUCACAGAUGUUCAAAUACUUGCCCGGAUGCAAGAGGAAAGUCUACGGCAAGAAUAUGCAGCUUCUGCUUCCCGGCGCAGCUCUGGCUCCUCUUGUCACUCUAUGAGGAGAGGCACCUAUAGUGACCAGGAACUUGAUGCUCACAGUUUGGAAGAUGAGGAGGAUGCCAUCCACCACUCUGCACACCUGUCUGUCAGCAGGUACUCCCCUUCUCCACGGCAUUCUCCUCGGCCUUCUCCCAGACAUUCGCCAAGAAAUUCUCCUCGCUCCAGAUCUCCAGCCCGCAGCUUGGAGUACAGAGGAUCUUCCCCUCAGCCUAUGCUCAGCCGUCUACAGCAGCCUCGCCUCUCUCUUCAGGGACAUGCUACUGACAUGCAAACGAACGUGGUAAAAAAUGAAGAGAAACUGAGGAGGAGUCUUCCAAAUCUCUCCAGGGUAUCGAGCCCACAGACGGUGGAGGCUGUAAAAAACAGCAGAAGUUUUGAGUCAAACUUGCAGGUUCAAAAUGGUGGAGCGCCUCGAGUAUCGAGCACUUCCACAUCAAAAAGGCAGAUAAGUAUGCCACGUGCAUCUCAGAAAACCAAACAGGUUGAUGCUGCCCCUAAAGGAGUACCGUCUCCAUGCAAGUUCCGUUCACCUGCAGCUCCAUCUCCUUUAGCAUUACGGCAGCCAAUGAAGGCUUUAUCCAACCCAGGCUCUCAGCUUACACAAGAAGCAGUUGCUGCUGCCCAAAACUUCCCUACAUCAGGCCCAUCAUCCAACCAACAGUCUGGCUCUGCAAGUCCAAUAGCGCGAGCUAACACCCCAAUAAAGAGUGGUUUGCCCAGACCUAGCACACCAUCAGGUGGUAGUAUACCAGUGCCUCGAAGCAAACUUGCACAACCUGUCCGAAGGUCAUUGCCAGCUCCCAAAGCGUACGGCGCCAUGAAAGAUGACAGCUGGAAAGAAGGCUGCUAUUGAUCUACAAAAUCCUGACGCUUCACUGCUCAAUGGACACGUCAUCCACACUGUGACUACAGAGCAACCCACCCUCGUGGGACUUUUUGGGAUUUAAGUAACUGAUCCCAGGGUCCUCUGUCCGUAUCUAGCACAAGCGGCAGAGGUUACAAAGAAGAAGAGCACUUUAUUGAUGUUGACCAUCAGAUGUUCUAGUCAUACAAUCUCUCUCAUGACAUCAUCCAUCAUUUGAUUUCAGCUUUCUACAGUCUUAACCCUAAAGACACUAAAUGCACUGCAUCCACAUUUGGCUUCUCAAGUAAAUACAGUUAAAGGAAUAACAUCUGGUAAUGGCGCAUAUUUCUAAGUUUACAAGAUAUGUGGUUAAUGCCAAAGAACAACUGCUCAAAUGAUUUCUUUUUCUACAUAUAUAUAUAUAUAUUAUAAUAUAUAUAAAGAGUUUAUUAUGCAUUAAGCACUAACACUGCAAUUGUCUACAAAGGUAUAUUGGCUGGUAGACUCUUUUGAGUACUGAUUUUACAGUUUUAUACAAAGUGAAAUGGCUCUCGUGCACCGUACACCCUGUGAGAUAGCUGUUGAGUCUUUCACAAUCAUUUAAUUCUUCACAGGGUCCUCUGACAGUGAAAGGGUUCUACUUAACAGGACUCAAUGCUGUCUGUGCAAACUUCACCCAGUAUCUAUAUUACUAAACUGAAAAAUACGUAAGAAAUCUUGUUUGCUGUGUUUCCAUAUCAUUUUUGAUAGAAGAGCUUUCAGACUUAAAGAAAAAAGUAGACAAUCUUAUUACCCCCAAUAUGUUCUGAGUUUAGAAAAAAAAAAAGGAAGACUUUUCUACUUGCUCUCCCGUGCAGUAGAGCAGCCGAAAUGCACCCAUCUUCUUCACCCCUGCCCUCUUCAUUAUUAUUUUUUCCCAAACCCUUUUCAUACGGGACGGGGCCCUUUCAGGCACAAAGUGGGGGUAUCCCAACUUCCCCCAAUGGCAGAUGUUAUUGUGGGGAGAAGAAUCGGCCAUGUGCUGCCACCAAAGGGGUCAGAGAGUAGCUUUUUCCACUCUCCUGAGUGCACACACGUCUGACCUGAUCAUACACAUGUAUGAUGAGGAAUGGCUGUGUAAGGUGUAUGGUCACCUUAAAGGGGUAUU